UAAAACCCCGUCCUUCCCCAACUCCUGGUCUUGGAAUUGGAACCCUACGGCUGCCUCAUUCAACCUCUCCGUCUCCGAUCACGUUUGAGUUCAGCGGCAACCGGCGACCGUUACCGGCGAAUCUUCAUCUAAGGUUCAAUAACCCUAUCCCCUUCCUCUUCUCCGCCUCCGUUCCGAUAAAUUGCGGCGGCGGACACACUCAGUUCCUGUUUCUUCUUCGUCUCCGUUCUUCCAGCGGCGGGAACACUUUCUUCCAACGAGAUUCCUCUCUUCUCAGCCUCCAUCUCUGCAAGUAUCUACUCCAGCUUUUCUUUGCCUGAUUCAUAGUUACUUUCCCAAAUUCUGAUAUGUAUUUUUAAAUUUUUAGUUUUGGAAGUACAAAGAUCCGUUACCAGGAUCCCUACAAGUCAUGAGACGAAGUCUGUUAAGAUUCGCCCCCCACUAUGCUCGCAAUCUUCUCUCCCCUUCAACUUUCAGACCAAACCCUAUUUCCCCUGCCAUCACUAUCACUUCAACUCCUUGGAAGCUUAGAUUCUUCUCAUCCGAAAACGAUUCAUCCAACGAAAGCCGACCACAGAGGAAACAAGUUCCGCUCGAUAAUGAAGACAUCAGCAACAAAGAGUUCAAAGAUCGGAUAGAGAGGUACUUUAAUGGCGAUGAAGAGGCAAUUCCUUCGAUCUUUGAAGCCAUACUGAAGAGGAAGCUACUGGGGAAGCAUGAGGAGACCGACGAUGAAUUGAUUGAGGAGAUCCGGCAACAGCCCAUCGAUGAUGUUAAGGACAAGGAAUUCGAAUCGGACUUUGAGGAGCUCUCCACCGAUGAGGAGAUCGAUAAUUUGGACAAUGCGAGGCAAUACGUGGUGGAGAAGAAACUGAUGAAGGAUGAGUAGUUCAAGUGGUAUUUCAUGAAUUUUUCCAUAUUAUUAACAAAAGAAGAUUUUUUUUAUUUUUUAGGUAGAACAAAAGAAGAAUGUUCAGUCACUGAUAUAGUGAUAUAUGUAUGGAUGCAUGUGACAAAUAAAGUGUUUUAAAAUUAAAGACUACUUGCUUAAAGGCAA